AUGCAGGAAAAAAAAGGGCUUAGAAGACACGGGGCUAAGUAUGCUUCAUCCCUUUAUCAAGGUUCGGAACUUGGGUGCGCCCUGACCGAGCUGGACGCCCGUUAUUUGUGGAUGCUAGCCGACGUCCCGGAACCCCUUUGUGGAUCCAGCACAGGUCGCGGUAUUCUGGCCGACAACGUCCGCGCUGCGGCCACAUUGACCAGACCGUCCGCCAAACCUGAGCUGUCAACCAACGCCGGCGGAGCACUGGUAUCGUCAGACUUCCUCAUUCCCGUCGUAGCAGACAACGCUGAGCGUAGUGUGUGCGGGCCCCUCCUGCGCGCUUGCACUACGGCCCGGCGGAGGCUGCGCGCGGCGGGCCGCGUGGAAAACGGGACGCUGCCGACUGAACCAACUGUCAUCGUCGACUCAGCCCCAAGCGAUGGCGCAGCUUGA